AUGGCUGCCGGAUUCGGAAGCUCUUCCUAUUACGACAAGGGAUACCGGCAAUCGCCCGCCCUCAUCCGCGCGCGGCGGCCCUACUUCUUCAAGAACGUCGUCGUCGGGACCGCCGUUGCCGCCUUCGCCGUCGGCGUCUAUAUCUACACGAUCAACGCCAUCGGGCAGGACGAGUUCGAAGAUGUCAAGGUCCCCAGCUCGCCGAGCCCGCCUGAGAAUAAAACUCGAUAA